AUGCCAGCCACAAUAGAUUUUGAAUCAUUAAAAAAAUCAGAAGAAGCAAAUAAGACCAAACUGAAAAUAUUGAAAUUGUCAGAGAUUUACGGUGGUAUUUUGAAGAAUAAUUCGAUUUGUUUAGAAGCCGAGUAUGAUGUGAGGAUAGCAAAGUGGAAUCGUGUGAAAAUGAAUAACGGCAGAAUUCCAGAAACAGCUUUAGAAGUACUUGUAGCGAUGGCUGAAAUGUCCUUCUCGACAUUGCGACGGCUUAAAACCUGGUUACGUACACGAAUGAUUGAGGACAGACUCAAUGGUCUCGCUCUUAUGCACAUUCACCGAGACAUAUCUAUAGAUAUAGAGCAAGUUAUAGAUAGAUUUGCUAAAAAUAAAAACCGAAAAUUAGACUUUGUUUUAUAA